AUUAGCUAUUUUGUAGAUUUCAGUGUUAAAAAACGAAUGAUUUGCUAACGACUGCAUUUUGCCAUAACACUUCAUACUUUAGCGUAAACAUCAGAUAAUGUUUGCGAUGCAUGAUUAUCCAUUAUUCGAUAGUUAACAGUUAUCCUAGCCUGCUAGCUAUGCUACAGCUAACCAGCUUGCAGAGGAAAAUCCAAUGAGUAACGCUAAAGAGAACAGCGUAUCCCGCUUGCCAGUCAUGUCGAGCAAGAGAGUACUGACUGCUAGCAACAGCUUGGAGAAUCAUGAUUGUCAACCUGCUCAGAAAAAGAUGCGGAAGGAGCCAGAGCCGACCAAGCCAAAAGCAGCAGCAACCAUUAUUGGCAAUAGGAGGCCUCCUGUUGCAACUACCAGGGCUCCUGCUGCUAAGUCGGUUCGAGUUGCGGGAGCUGCAACUGUUGCUGCGGGUCCUUCCAGAGGUGUCCUGAAGCAGGCUACUGCUUCAACUGUGCCAAAGGGAGGUGCUGUCCCAAAAGCAGGUGGAGGCGGGGGUACUCGACGGCAUGCCUGGGACCUUAAGGGCAAAGUCAGUGAUAUGGAGGGCAAAAUUGCAAACUACCAGGGUAAACUUAAAUCGGCCAGCUUGGAGAAUGAGCAGCUGAAGGGCUCCAUGGCUCAAAAGCAACUGAGAGCGGCGGAAAUGGAGCAGGAACUCCAGCGGCUAAGGGCCCAGCUCAGUGAUUAUGAAAAGAACCAGCAGACUUUAUUGGCAGUCCAAGAUGAAUUGGAGAAAACCAUCAGUGACAAGAACACCAUCCAGAGGGACCUGGCCAACCUAAAGGCCAAGUUCACAGUCAUGGAGACUCUUCGAGAGAGCCAGGAGGUAGAGCUCCAGACUCUCAAGAUGAAGCUGUCGGUGCAGGAAUCCACUGUAGCUCGCCUGCAGACAAGCCUCAGAGACAGUGAAGAGCAGGUUCGGUCACUGAUGGAAACAGUGGCACAGCAGAAAGACGACAUUCAUGCAGGCGAGAUGGAGCGCAGACAGCUCCACAAUACCAUUCAGGAACUCAAGGGAAACAUCAGGGUCUUUUGUAGAGUGCGCCCGCUAGUGGAUGGAGGCCUCAGUGAACACAUCCAACUUUCUACCAACGACAACAAGAUGCUGGCGCUGGCUAAAACUGAGGAGUCUCAUGUAGGCCGAGCCGGAGACACACAGAAGAGCUAUAACUUCAGUUUUGACCGGGUGUUUGGCCCAAAAGCUUCCCAGCAGGAGGUUUUUGAUGAGAUCUCCUUGCUGGUGCAGUCGGCACUGGAUGGCUAUAACGUCUGCUGCUUCGCCUAUGGGCAAACAGGAAGUGGUAAGACGUUCACGAUGGAGGGGGAUGACACUGAGGAGACUAUGGGCGUCAUUCCCAGGGCCGUGCAGCAGAUGUUCAAGACUGCAAAGAGGCUGGAAGAGCAAGGCUGGCAGUUCACCUUCACGGCAAGCUUUGUUGAAAUAUAUAAUGAAACCCUGCGAGACCUUCUCUACACCGGCAAGGCCAACAAAAGACCGGAGCAUGAGAUCCGCAAGCUGGCCAACAAUGACGUUACCGUCACUAACCUAACUUACCAGAAGGUCUGCUCUGAGGAUCAGGUUCUUAAUUUAAUCGCACUGGCCAAGCAGAAUCGCUCCACGGCCCAGACCAACCUCAACGACCGCUCCUCUCGCUCCCACUCAGUUUUCCAGCUGGCCAUAGAGGGAGGAAACGCUGGCAGGGACAUCAACUGCAAGUCCACUCUGUGUCUGGUGGACCUGGCCGGUAGUGAGCGAAUGCUGAAGAGCCAGUCACAGGGGGAGCGCUUUAAAGAAAUGACUGCCAUCAACAGCUCGCUCUCCAACCUGGGCAUUGUCAUCACUGCUCUGGCCAACAAGGAGAACUACAUUCCCUACAGAAACUCAAAGCUCACUUACCUGUUACAGGGCUGCCUAGGAGGGAACAGCAAAACCCUGAUGUUUGUGAACAUCUCCCCUGAACCAGACAGCUUUGGGGAAACCCUCAACUCCCUGAGAUUUGCCAGCAAGGUUAACGACUGUGUGAUUGGCACAGCGACAGCCAAUAGAAAGUAGACCAAGUCUGCGUCCUCUGUACAGAAAAGAAAGACCCUUCACUUUAAAAAAAAAAAAAAAAAAAUCAAAUAUUUCUACAAUUGCAUAUUUCAACUUUUAUAUCAUUUUAUUUUUUGUGGGGACUAUUUUGUGUCUCCACAGGACACACAAAAUAGCUCAUGCAUAUUUUACAUAACAUAUUCCAUUUUCAAAAACUAUGAGUUAAGAUGUUUUGUUAAUAAAUGCUAUCUGUGUGGUUUUUAGUGAUAAACGGUCAUGUUUCUUCCACCUUCUAUUUCUCCUUCCCCUGGGGCACCACAGCGGAUCGUCUGGAUCCCUUUAUGAUCCACGUUUCAUUUGGAAUAGGUUUUAUGUUGGAUGGCCUUUCCUGACGCGGCCCUCCCCAUUUUAUUGGGGUUUGGGACCAGCACUAGCAAUGCACAGGUUUGUGCAUCCCCAGGGGUAGGCGAAUUCAGCCCUCUAUUUAUUCCACACAAAUCUCAAGAGAAGAAUCAAAGAAAAAUGGAAACGCAGGAGAUCAUUGACUGUGUACACUUCUAUCUCUUUGAGACGUUAUCAUUUUUUUCUAUACUUGCUACAUCAAAUUUGUCAUUGUAGCUUUGUGUAAAUAAAUCUUUUUUUUCUCCUCUG